ACAGGGUAGUUUGUUCAGGAGUCUCGCAUUGCGGUAUAAGUGACCAUAGCCUAAUCUAUGUCUACCGCAAAUUAUCUUUAAAUACUGUAUCUAGUAAAGGAAAUAACUACAUUACCUAUAGAAAUUUUAAGAAGUUUAAUCGAGAAAACUUCCGUAGUGAUAUUUCAUCUCAAGACUGGAGUUACAAUUUAUCUAACACUCAAGACCCUAAUCUAAUGUGGGCUGAAUGGAAAAGUAAAUUUUUAACUAUAGCAGAUAAACAUGCUCCAAUACGUACUAAGCGUAUUCGAUUGAAGAACUCUCCAUGGAUAACAUCUGAUUUAAAAAAACGUAUGCAUGAUCGUGACAUAGCCAAAAUAAAAGCUAUACACUCUACUGUCCCUGGUGAUUGGGACAAUUUUAGAAGAUUACGAAAUGUUGUAAAUAAGGAAAUUAAACUCGCUAAAGAGUCUUAUUAUAAAAAUGCAUUUAUGCAGCACAGUGGCAAUUCUCGAAAGACAUGGCAGAUUGUCAAUGACCUGACCUCGCGUAAAUCAAAAAGAACAUCUGUCAGGGAAUUAAAUUUGAAUGGUAAUUUUAUAUCUAACCCAUCAGAUUUAUCUAAUGCAUUUAAUGAGCAUUUUUCGACAAUAGGACCUAAACUUGCUAGUGAAAUUCCAGUAAGCAGUAGUCAUACGAGUUACACUGAUUAUCUCAUUAACACUGACAAAAGGUUUCAAUUCACGCAAACUAACAAUGAUCAAGUAUUUUCAGUGUUAAGCAAACUAUGCAAAUCAAAAGCAACCGGUCUUGAUCAGAUCUCAGCCAGACUUGUUCGAGAAUGUGCUGAUCUUAUUUCUAGUUCCAUAACCAAUAUUUUUAAUCUUUCAUUAUUAUUGGGUACAUUUCCUGAAGAUUGGAAAUGUGCCAAAGUUACUCCAAUCUUUAAACAAGGUACACGGAAUGAAAUGAAUAACUACCGCCCAAUUUCUGUGAUUUCAGUAAUGGCUAAGGCCUUUGAACGAAUAAUCUAUAAUCAACUUUAUGCAUACAUGUUAGAACAUGAUUUGCUAUCCGAACACCAGUCGGGGUUUCGUUCUUUGCAUUCAACGGCUACGGCUUUACUUGAGGCCACUGAUAGUUGGGCUUACAAUAUUGACCGCGGCAAUAUUAAUGCCGUGGUAUUUCUAGACCUGAAAAAGGCUUUCGAUACGGUCAACCAUGAGAUCUUGUUGUCUAAACUCAGAAACUAUGGAAUUCACGGAGUUGCCUACAAAUGGUUUAAGUCAUAUUUGGAAGACCGUAGGCAGAAAUGUUUUGUUAACGGGUCACUUUCAAAAAAAUGUAGUCUUAAGUGUGGAAUUCCUCAAGGAACGAUCCUAGGACCGCUCCUGUUUCUGGUAUUUAUUAAUGAUUUACCAAAUUGUUUAUCUAAUUCUCAUCCCAGAAUGUAUGCAGAUGACACUAAUCUUACAUAUUCUGGUAGCGAUACAAACACUAUUCAAUUUCAUCUUAACGAAGACUUGGAAAACAUUAAUGAAUGGUUAAUAUCAAAUAAACUUACUUUAAAUAUGACUAAAACUGAGUACAUGUUAAUUGGGUCGAGACAACGUUUAAGUACUCUUUCUGACAAUCCUUCUUUUGAAAUAAAUGGAAUUCCUUUAGAUCGAGUUUCGACAACAAAAUCACUUGGUGUCUUAUUAGACGAAAAUCUUACUUGGAGUAGUCAUAUCAAUAAAAUGACAAAACGAAUUGCUUCUGGUAUCGGUGCUAUUAAGCGGUUAAGGUCAUUUGUUUCAUUGGAAACAUUGCAUGUUAUUUACCAAGCUCUAAUACAACCACAUUUUGAUUAUUGUAAUGUCGUGUGGGGAAAUUGUGGGAAAACUUUAUCUAACAAACUUCAAAAACUUCAAAACCGUGCAAUGCGGGUGUUGACCUUUUCCAACUUUGACGCCGAUGCCAAUAGCUUAUUGGAAAAGCUAGGGUGGGAUGAUCUAAACCAACAACGCCAAUUUCAAAAAGCAUUGAUGGUUUUCAAAUCUUUAAAUAACCUUGCACCCGAAUAUCUAUGUUCUAAAUUUACUAAUCGCAAUAAUGUAACUUCUUAUAUACUUCGAGACUCCGUGAACAAACUUGCUGCUCCUUUACCCCGCACCAAUUAUCUUAAAAAUAGCUUUAGCUAUAGUGGUGCAGUGUUAUGGAACAGCUUACCUAGCAAUAUAAGACAAGCGGAAUCUCUUACUGAAUUUCGACAAUUGUUGAAACAUCAUAUUCGAUAGACACGGCAUUCAUGGAAAACAGGUAUAAAUAUUAAUGUAACAUAGGCGUGAAAAAUUUUUUAAACUUAUUAAUGUAUAGAUAACUUUUUUGUAAACCUGAUGAAGCUACCGUGCUUAAAUAAAGAUUUGACUGACUGACUGACUGACUGACUGACUGACUGACUGACUGACUGACUGACUGACUGACUGUACGGAGACCGGAUAGAAUCACUAUCCAAGUGGACAGCGCUAUCCGGCCUUCGUAGUUCGUACAACCAGCCUCAGGAGCCGCUUGUAUAAUAUAAUAAAAUGGAAUUAAAAUUAACUGCAGUUAAUGCGAACGUUAACCAAUCAAAAUUGCGUAUUUUAGAGUUAACUACAAAAUAGUGAUAGAAAAAGUAGUUAAGAAUUUUAUUUAACCGGCCCCUAAUUCAACGAAUUAAAUUUGUCGUUUAAAACAGGCCUAGGAGUUGCUUAAUACGCGCAUGUACUCGUAAAUUUCAAGUUCUUAUAGACCUUUAUGGCGCAAGGUAAACUAAUUGACAAUCCAUCUAAUGACGUCGUAUCCAGCAGCUUUAACAGUAAAAUGUUGAUCAAGAUGAGAUUUUAUAACCAUAAAAAUAUAAAAUAGUUUAUGUUUUCACUCGCUACUCUGGUUUAUAUAAAUGAAUACAAAGCCAAGUCGAAUUGUAACCAAGACUCAACGUUUCGACACUCCAGUCUAGUGUCUUCAUCAGGCAGUGCAUUUUUUAAGGAUUUUUUAGUGGUGGGGCAAAACUGCCAAAAGGCCCAUUUUCCUUGCCCCCUCCCCCAGGAUAGUAUGCGAUCGCCGAGUACCGUAGGCACGAGGUAGCUAGGGGGAUCUAGGGGCAUGCCCUUUUAAAAUUUGGGUCUCUGAAAUAGCAUUUCCUGCAUUCUGAGAACACAUUAAAAAAAUAUCUCAGCUUCUCAAAACUCAGGCAACCCAAUCUCGCAAGGGUCAGUAUAAUAAAUAUUGUAAAAAUAUGUCAUAAAAUAUAAAAUGAGAUUGACUUGCCCACUUGAUAGUGUGUAUUCUCCUUUUAUUGCUCUUUUGUUGGACUAAUAUUUUCCAAAGUUUCGGAAAAUAUUAGUCCAACAAAAAAAUAAUAAAAGGAGAAUACACACUAUCAAAUAGGCAAGUCAAUUUCAUUUAAAAAUUUAUAUUUUAAGACAUAUUUUUACAAUAAUAUACAUUACUAUACUCACCCUUGCGAGAUUGGGCCACCUGUGCUAAAAACAAAGUUUUAAUGGUGAAAUUUGUAAUAAAUAAUAGUUUUUAAUCAGUGUCACUCAAAUAGUUUAGCUUCUUUCCUUCCUAUCCAACUGGGAUUAGAUAAUUUGCCGACUACCUGACGACUGGGGGUGUUCCAACAUCCACACCCAUCCACACCCAUCCACACCCAUCCACACCCAUCCACACCCAUCCACACCCAUCCACACCCACCCGUUUAGCACCACCCUUGACUGCCUGUUCUGACUUUUAUAAGAUGGAAUGUCGAGAAUGUGAGAGGAUAUGAGAAAGCAGGCAGAUGCAGCUUUUUCAACAAGGUUGACUUUUUACUUUUUACUGAGAAUCUUGUUUCACUACUGGGGCAAACAAAGGGCCUACUGGGGUAAAUGCCCCAGUAGUUAUAUAGUUAAAAAAUGCCCUGUCAUCAGGGAUGAUCUAAAGUUGCAGUGUGGCUUCUUAAAUGCAUGUAUUCCUCUGGCAAAUAGGCACCGUCAUCCUUAUUCAAAGCUAAAGCAUGAUUGCUCAUAUUUAUAUGCCACGCUUCUAGGCAAUUACUUUAGAAUUUUCCCACGCAAUCUUGUGUUUGGUGUCACACAUGUUCUGCUAAAGCUGAUUUCCCCUUGUUUAAAGUUGAAACAGCCUUUUGAUGUUCUUUUAGCCGUGUACCAAACUGGCGUUUAGACUGACCCAAAUACUUUUUAGAAUUUUCCCAGACAAGUUGCGUGGGAAAACACUAAAGUAAUUACCACAAACAAUCACUAUGGUCAAAGACGAUGCCUAGAAGCCUGGCAUAUAAAUAAUGAGUACUCGUGCUUUGAAUAGGGAUGACGGUGCCUAUUUGCCAGAGGAAUACGUGCAUCUCAGUAUUGGCAGAUGACCUUAUGAUCGCUUGGGUAUUUAAGAAGCCACAUUGCAACUUAUUUAGAUCACCCCCAGAUGAAGACACACGACUGUAGAGUGUAGUGCCGAAACGUUGGGUCUUGAUUACAAUUCGACCUGGCUUUGUAUUCAUUUUUAAAAAACUCAUUAAUAACUCAUGUCAUGAGGAAAAUACAAAAAAAAAUGAAUGUUUAUCAAUGUUUGUAAAUCGGAUAAAGAUUUGUCCUGAUUUACAUAAACUUCAGCUUUAAUUUUCUCGCCGGCUUAGACAAUGUUUAUUUUCAAAAUUACUUCGCCAAUGAACUCAUAAGAUGGGUCGUUUUUUAAGCACGUUAAAAUAUUCGCAUCCGAUCUUUAUCUGAGUCUGCAAUCACGGCUUCAAUUUUUGAAUUGCAGAAUAACUAGAUGCACUAUCUAGCGUAUAUAAGAAUCAAGGUAUAUCUAUAGAUAUCUAAGAUAUCUAUGGAUAUACCUUGUUGCAGCGAACAAACAAACUUUAAAUAGAUUAGCUAUUCAUUUCUUCUUGGAGCGACACAAAUUACAUAUAAUUAUAUAAAAAAUAAUUUUGGGUUAGUUGCAGGACGAAACGCCAAUGUGUUUUAAAUAUUUUUGAGGUUCUUCUAUAACAGAUUCCUGCAGGGAGAUGCACACAGUCGGCUGAAUAUAUGGCAUUUUAAAGUUCGUUUAUAGGACUGUGUUAACAUGUACAUGUGCGUACAUUCGUAAAUUUCAUACAAGGUCAUACAAGCUCUGCAUAUUAUUGCUUAUUUAAAUUACGCUUCAUGCAGAAAUCUUUGUUUCAUUUAACAAUGUAGAAAAAGGCGUUAAGAUGGAAACAUGGAACAAUAUUGCUGGAAACGAAAUAUGGAUGAUGACAUCCAAUAGCCGUUAUCCAAACAAACCUGACACCACAGUGAAGCUGGCCAGUCUCCAGUCUCCACGAAGUGGUAACAAUUUGCCUGAUAGUUAUGGACUUCGAAUGACCUCAUACUAUAAGGUAAGAAAAAAGUUAACUUAGAUAAUACUCUUAGUUUUAGUGAGCCAAAUAUUACAUAUUUUCUUCGCGUAUUCCGAUAUCUUCUUAUCGUUACACUGCAUGACCAAUAUUGUAUGUGACUUUCACUUCUGUAACCCAGUUUCGAUUCUGAUAACAUGCAGUUGCCUGAUUAUGAUUUGGCCUCAGUCGCACGUGAGAAUUAAGAGUAUUUUCCAGUUUGAAACUGCGGUUACUUUCUCUGGUAAUACUGGACCAAUACGUUAUGACUCUUACUGCUCGUGGAACAGUGGGCAGAGCAUAUGCCUGAUCAUGUCUGCGACUGAUCUCGAUUCUUAUAAUGUACGAUUUUCUCAGUUGCCUGCAUGCAUGUGAGAAGAAUGCUUCCAUUUGGAGUGGACUCUACCAAACACCAUGCAUUAUCUCCAGAUACACAGACUUUCUGUCUGUAGUAACACUGAAUCAGUAAAAAAUUAUCUUUACCGGACCCCUUGGAGGAACAGUUUAUAAGUGGUAGAGCUGUCCAGUACAAAUAAAAUUCAUUUAGUCUUUGCCAGCCCGACGAUUUAGUCCCGCUAUGCAAAUAUUUUCAUGUUCAUUGACUGUGAAAAAAAUCAAUUUCUAAAGAAAUGAAUAAUGAUAAUAAUUUUGAAUUUGCAUAGCGGAACUAAAUUGUCGGGCUGACUACGCCACUGGUAACACUGGAUCAUUGAGUGGUAGCACUUACUAGACCAAAAUGAAGAACAAUCUACAAGUGAUAGAACUAUAUCCAGGAUAAAUAAGAUAAAUAUAGUUAGAUAAGUUUAACAUGACAUUCUUGGUGAAAAAGUUUAAACUUUAUUUUUAGGCUCCCGAGACUGGAGCAUAUACAUUCUAUGUAUCUGGUGAUGAUCAGUGUCAGUUGUCUAUUG